AUGGAAACUGAAGACAUUUUUCAUUCUACCUCGGAGCCAGAAGUUGAGGAGAUUCAUGAUUCUUCGACAGCUUUUGUGGCUGAUGAGCAUGAUUUUCAGAAAACAAAUGAAUCAAAAUCUGCUCAAGAGGAUGAUGACGCUGAUCUUUAUGAUGAUGUAGAGUUUUUAAAAGAAUUUGACUUUACGGGGAUCAGUGACAACAUCCUAACAAACAUAGAAUUUGAUCAUGGCGAUGAAGAUUUUGGUUAUUUUCCUGGAAUUCCCAGCAGCUGUGUUAGUAAAGUCGAUGAAGUUGCUGCUUCAGCAACCAAGACUAGAGAUGAAGGAAAUGUUCUCAAGAUUCUGCUCUCUAUUUCAAAGCCCUUGGAGGUACCUGAUGUAAGAAGUGCACCUCAUGUUCUUUCAACAAUCACUACUACCACUGUUCACUCUCCUCCAAAUCAAUCUGAUGAAGGUCCGAGUACCAUGUUUGAGACUGGUAGGUCGUCAUCCAUUCCAGAAUAUUCUCCCACUCGACCUUCAUUAGAUGAAGCUUCUAUUAGAUUGGUAAAACACCUAGCACAACCUAUUCUAACCUCCACACGCGGCAAAGGAAUAUCCUUUAGGAAUGGACGAACAGGUGAUGACAAAUCUUCCUCGCCUGAUCUUCAAGAGGAGAUUAGGAUUCUCCUUCAAGAGCUCAUCAAAAAGUCAAUUCAGAUGGAUCAACUCACUGCAUACAUUGUUGAGCUCAUGGCGAAGGAUGAAGAAAAGUCCAAACAAAUUAGAGAUUUACAAAUGAGUCUUGGAUCCGUAUCAGCCAAUUAUUUCAAUCUCAAGAACGUUUUGUACGAUGCAUUCGGUGAAAGAGUCAAAGCCCUCUUCCAACAGCCACAUGGAAUAGUUGAUCCUCCCACAGCUCAAUCACAUUCUACAGCUGAUGAUUUUCCUAUCAACCCACCUGCUCCAAGAACAACCACCAUUGUCAACAGGUUUGAAAAAGAACUAGAAGGAAGCAGAGCCAGAAUCACGAUCAAACAAGGCAAAAGAAUUGUAACUGCCAAUCAAAGCGAAGGGCUUUUAUUCAAGAAAAACUCUAAUGAAAAUCGCAAGGCAAAAGACCCUGUUUUGACUGUGACAAACUUAAUGAAAAGAAAGUUCGGUGUCGAGUAUGGAGAUAGCACCCAUGAAACUGAUUUAGCUGAAUUAUCAAGGGCCCCAUUCCACAAUCCAUCAGAUGAUCCAAGUGCAUCUAACUUCAAGAGGUUUCUUGAUAGGCAAGUCAAGGAGAAUUUUCCCAAGAUGAAGACCGCAAGAGCCCUCUACCAAAAGGAUAAAGAUGUUCUUGAUCCAGAAUUAGGAAAACCCAUGAAGAUCAUUAUGUGGCCUGCUACAAAAUAG